UCCAAUAAUUGUUCUUUACUUACCACCUCUAUAUAAGAUGCCAAAAACUUCUUUUCUUGAUUGAGAAGCCCUUAGCAGCAGGAGUGUUGAAACUUGAAAGAGAAAUUUGACAUCUUUUCAAGUAGUCUUUGUUGAUGGAUAAUUCAGCGAGCUCGUGGUUUUCUCAACUGGGAAUGGAGGAUCCAUUGUCUAAUGAUGACUUUAAUAUCAUGGACUUCUUGAACGAUGAAUUAUCUGCUGCGCUUGCCGACGACUUCCAAAACUCUUCUUUUCCAGAAGGGAAUCCGUCUUUCUCCAAUAUCUUUCCAAGCUGCAACUCCACUCCUGCAUUGUGUGAACCUUCAGGGAUGGAAGCUCAUCCUGUUGGUUUCGAAACACCAGCCAAACAGCACAAGACUAAUGGCUACGACUCGUCGAACAUCCACAACAUGCCAAAUUUUGGUCAAGCUUCUUCUUCUCCAAUGAUUCUCACUUUUGGGAAUCCAAAUAUGCCAGAAAUAAAUCCUCAUCAAGUGACUCUAGGAACCUUGAACCCUGAGGAUGAUGCAGUGUCUGAGGUUUUGACAUCCCAUGGUUCAUUUGCAAAACUUGAUGAGGCUGCUAAAACUACCGUCCAAACAAAAGCAAAGAAACCUGGUGGUCGUGUUAGGCCACCAUCACAAACCUAUGAUCACAUAAUAGCAGAAAGAAAGCGACGCGAGCAGCUCAGCCAGAGAUUCAUGGCUCUUUCCGCCAUAGUUCCUGGCCUCAAGAAGAUGGAUAAAAGUUCCAUUCUUGGAGAUGCCAUCGAGUACCUAAAACAUCUUCAGGAGAGAGUAAAGACACUGGAGGAGAAAGCUGCUAGACAAACCAUGGAGUCUGUGGUGCUUGUGAAGAGAUCACAACUCUUACUUGAAGAUGAAAGAUCUUCAGAUGAGAUGGCUGGCCCGAAUGAGCAGCCACUCCCUGAAUUUGAAGCUAAAGUGUGCGACAAGAAUGUUCUUCUAAGAAUACAUUGCAAAAAUUAUAAAGGGGUGCUCAUCAAAAUUCUCUCUCAGAUAGACAAGCUCAAUCUUGCUGUUGUGAAUACUUGUGUUUCCGCAUUUGGGAAUUUUGCUCUUGACGUUACAAUUAUCGCAGAGGCGAGCUUCUUAUAUAUAGGCGGAAAAAGAAGUCAACCUGACAACAAAAGAACUGGUCGAUACUCUUCGAUCUGCCCUCCAACAAGGCAAGCAUGCCGCUUAGUCUUAAGUGAAAGAUCCCAAUAAACAUUAUGUAUUCAGACUGCAGUUUGCGAGUGGCAAGCAUGCCGCGUAGUCUUAAGUGAAAGAUCCCAAUAAACAUUAUGUAUUCAGACUGCAGUUUGCGAGUGCAAAAUCCCUAUAUUUUAUCGUAUUUCUUUUUCUUUUGGAGUGACGUUAUUGGUAAUAAUGCCUCUCGUGGGGCUCGUUGGCUCAAUAUGUACUAAUUUUGCAUAAUAUAUGGUGCUCGUUGUAUAUGUUUUCUUUAAUAAUGAUUAUUCUUCAUUCCUAGGGCCCA